AAACCACAUUAUGGACCACGAAUACAGGGAUCAAGUGGUGAAGUUAUCUCAGGCCGAGGAUUACACGGCCUUUGAAGACCUGAUUCAGAUGGCAGGUUGUAUAUCCAUGGUCCAUACGCUGAGCAGGCGACAAGAAAUGUGCAAGGCCAUAACAAAAUUCAUUGUGUUCGGACGUGCACAUCAAGGUUUUGACCAAUUCUGCAGAGGACUUGAAACGCUUGGCGUAUUAGGAGCGCUAAAACAUCAUGGAACACGCAUGAAAGAAGUUUUUGAAUAUGAAAAAAGGCUUCUGGAUUCUACAACAAUAGAACUAUUGUUCGAAGCAGAUUUAGCAAAGGCCAACUCCAACCGACGCCGCCAAGAAGAGAUUGUUCUCUCAAACUAGAGAGA